GAGAUAUUAGUGGUACACUUGCCUUCCCACGAUUUUUGUCUUGGUCGUUCUUAAGAAUGAGGGGAGAAAGAAUCAAGAAGUUAUUUGAACGCAACUAGGUUCGAAUGGAUUGGGCAUUAACCCAAGAUGAAAUGAACCUUCCAAUCUUGGCUGAUGAGGCACCUCCAAUGAAACAAAAGAAGAAAAGUGAAUUGUUGGAGAAGCUUAAAGCGCACUCCAAAUUGUUGCUGGAGAUGAAAGAAGAUUUGGAGAGGAUGAAGAAAGAUUUUUACAAUAGGGCUGCAACACAAGGAUUUGAUGAGGACCACCCUGCUAGUUCAGAUGCAGUUGGGGUGAGUUGUGGUAGAGAUGAUGGUCUACAUGUUAAUGUUGAAGAUGGCCACAUUGAGGCUGACAACACAACUGUUGCAGACGUCCAAAGAAAUGCAAUUGACAAUGAACAAAUAUUGGCUGAUGCAAAAAAUGAAAUUGAUGAAGCUGUUGAAGUUGUUGUAGCAUCAGAAUUGGAAUCUGCUGACAUUGGCGCAACAUCUCCAUCUAAGAGUGGUACAGGUCAUGGAAGUCCUGAAGCACCAAUUUUUGGCAUUGACAAAAGCUAAUAAUACUACUGAAGGUGCCCCAACUGCUGAAGAAGAGAAAACUGGUGAAGAGCAAAGGGAUGUUUUUGAUUCCAGUUCAAAUGACAAUGCAUUGAUAAUUGUUGAGGCAUUGGGCUUUGUUUCUCAGGAGCUAGACGAUGUAGAAGCUGACAGCACACCUAAUAGAGAGGUAUGUUAAUUUAGGAAUUAAUAUUUUUAGUAGAAAGCUUGUAACAUGUCUGAAAUUUGGUGCAAAUGUGUGAUGAACAAGCCCAAGCGUCCCUUCAUGAGGUGGCAAAGGCUAUGUUGAAGGAAGAAAAUGUGAUGAAACCCAAUAGUCCUCUUGGUCAACAAAGUACUCAUGUAGGUGAACCAAUUACUCCUCUUUCUCAAGUACCUGCUCCGUUUGUGGAGAAGGUAAUGGGAAUCAAUUUUAUUUUUUGUUAUUGUUUAUGUUAUUUUAGUGAGUUUAAUAUGAACUUGUUCAAAUGACAGAUGUUUAU